UUGAAUGUUGCUCAACACCAAACUCAUAAUAGUAGGACUUUUUAAGUGAUAGAUAUUCGCCAUAGAUAAUCUUAUCAUGGUUAUGUCGAGCAGUUUUAUACAGACCACGGGUGUUCCACGUGGGACACAAAAAUGGGGCGGGAUCAUGUCAGUGGUUCGACCUUCACCUUAACUGGAGUGCGCUAUCAUGGCGGGGAAAGCAGACGGCACAUUCUUAGGCUUUGACUUCAGCACUCAGCAAAUAAAAGUUAUAGCAAUCGACAAUAAGCUGGAAACUAUUCAUGAAUCUGCAGUGAAAUUAGAUGACUUAAAGGAAUUCAACACUUCAGGCGGAUGCCAUGUCCAUGAUGACAACCUCACAGUUACUGCUCCAACCAUCAUGUGGGUCAAGGCUUUGGAUAUUUUACUUGACAACAUGAAGACCUCAGGAUUUGACUUCUCCAGGGUGGCAGCUUUAUCUGGAUCAGGACAGCAACAUGGCAGUGUGUUUUGGAAAACUGGAGCCUUGGAAAUUCUGUCAAAUGUUCAACCCAAUAAACAGCUUCAUGAGCAACUGAAGGACUGCUUCAGUGUAGCAGACUCUCCAAUUUGGAUGGAUUCAAGUACAUCUAAACAGUGCCGAGAGCUAGAACAGAUUCUGGGUGGGCCACAGAAAGUGGCAGACAUUACUGGUUCAAGAGCAUAUGAGCGUUUCACAAGAAACCAGAUUGCCAAGAUCUACCAAACCAAACCUGAGGCCUAUAAUAAAACUGAGAGGAUUUCACUGGUCAGUAGCUUUGCUGCCAGUCUUUUUAUCGGAGGCUAUGCGCCAAUAGAUGACAGCGAUGGGAGUGGGAUGAACAUGCUGGACAUUCACUCACGCACCUGGUCAGAGCCGUGUUUACAGGCUACAGCUCCUGGCUUGUCUGAGAAAAUGGGACCAGUUGUUCCAUCACAUAAAGUUGUGGGCUCUGUGUCUUCAUACUUUGUGCAGAGCUUUGGCUUUUCUCCAGACUGUCAGGUGGUUGCCUUCACGGGAGACAAUCCAGGAUCACUGGCUGGGAUGAGGCUAAAACAAGGAGACAUCGCAAUAAGCCUGGGGACAAGUGACACAGUAUUCCUCUGGCUGACAGAUCCUAAGCCGGCCCUGGAGGGACAUAUUCUGGCCAACCCUGUGGACACCUCAGCAUUUAUGGCCCUCCUCUGCUUCAAGAAUGGCUCAUUGAUGAGAGAAAAAAUCCGUGACCGGUGUGCUGGAGGAUCAUGGGAAACAUUUUCUCAACACCUUGACUCUACACCGAUGGGUAACAACGGAAACUUGGGUCUUUAUUUUGAUGUACAAGAAAUCUUGCCUCAGGCUGUAGGGACAUUCAGAUUUAAUUCCAAAGGAGAGCAGGUAUCCUCAUUUUCAGAUGAUGAGGAAGUAAGAGCUGUGAUAGAAGGCCAGUUUCUCAGUAAACGUGUAUAUGCAGCAAAAUUAGGCUAUUCCCUAGGUAUUGACUGUGAGUUGACAGGUCCAGAGAGUCGAGUGCUGGCCACAGGCGGGGCAUCUUCUAAUAAAGCCAUUUUACAGGUGAUGGCUGAUGUGUUUAACUCUCCAGUCUAUAUUCAAGAUGUAGCCAACUCGGCCUGCCUGGGUGGGGCAUACAGGGCCAAACAUGGGCUGAUGGGUGGAUCCAGUGUGCCCUUCUCUGAGGUAGUGAAGGACGCCCCAGACUUUACCCUAGGUGCCACACCGAACCCUGAAGCUGAUCAGAUCUAUUUGAAACUGUGUGAAGAGUAUAAAAAAGCAGAGAAUAUUGUGCUGAGUGAGCAGACCAUAUCUUGACUUGUGAAAUACAACAUGGGACCAGUAAUAAGACUGAUCAACUAUAUGCUAAUGGUGGAGUUAGGAUUUGGUUUACAUGACAAUGCUGCACCAGUCAUGCCAGUCAUUAAUGAAUUAAUCGGUAAAUUUUUAGCCCACUAAGAAUGAAGCUUUAACCAGAUGAUAUUUUGUUGUUUAAUAGUGGUGCUCAGUUUUGUUUUCAUUGAUGUUAUAAUUACAUCGCUGUGUGUGAGCCUUUAUAUUGGAUAGUUUUCUUCUCAUAAUCUGACAAUCAUUUUCAAACUUAAAUGGAAGGUACAUGUAGAUGUGAGCAGAAAUGUAUGCUUUUUCUUCUGAUCAUUUAACAUUAUUAUAAAUACCUGACCCUUGACUUGAAUUCUGCAGGUUGUGAUAUUAAAAUACUUGAUUGUACAUGUAGAUUUUAAGAUCAUAACUUGUGAUAAGACCAAUCUAACAAAUGAUUACGUAUUAAUCCAUUGAAAUGUUUAUUAUGUGUAUAAACACGCCAUAUGAGCACUAUGUGUAAUGUAAUGCUAACAACUACUUUGCAAUGAUCUGUUUUCCUUAUGGAUGUUAAUGUUAUGUGGGCUUACAGUAAUAUGCAGGUGCAUGAAAUAACUGUGCCUCCAGUAUUAACCUGGUGUUUCUUUGGUCUUAAAUGUUGUAGUUCUCUCUUUAUCAUUACAGCUAUUUUGCUCGUAUGAUUGUGGUUUAUUGAGUCCCUAUGCAUAUUAAGGCAUCUACAACAUCCAGUCACUUGGCAGAUGUUGAUUUGCAUGAGCUGGUCGGUUAAGAAUAAUGUAUUAUCAAUGUUUUCUUAGUGUGUUGAUUAUUUAUCUUUUAAAUUGUCACAGUAUUGUUAUAGCCAGGUUCCACAGCAAUUCAUGCUGAUCUUGCACUUGUCAUUAAUUAUCAUUCAACAUAUGUACUUUUUAUCUAGAAUUUACAAGAACAUCGGUUGAUUUAUGCUCAAGCCAGAUCCAUUGUUCUACAUCUACAAAUGUUGACAAAUUAGAUUUUAUAUUGAAGAUCGUAUGGUUGUCCAGUUAAAACCGUACUAUUAGUGAUAAAUAACU